CGUAGGUGGUAUUGGGUUGAGUUGAGUUGAGUUUUGUUUAGUUUUGUUUAAGAUUAAAAGAAGAGAAAAAAAAGAUGAUGCUAAAGAAGAGUAUUCUUCUCCCUUCCCAAUCUCUUGAGCUGCCUUUGCCUUUGUUUUCUUUCACAUCACAAACAACUCCUCUUCUCAGUUCCAGAAUAAUGAGUUCACUCUCAGCCUCAGCCUCAGCCAAAACUACCAUUACUCCAAAAGUGCCCAAAUUCGUUCCCAUUCAAGAAACUCCUUCUCCUACUCAAUCUCAUCCUCAUGCUAUUUCCACAUUCAGUCUGGUCUCCUAUAACAUUCUGGCCCAGGCUUAUGUGAAGAGCUCUUAUUUUCCACACUCCCCAUCUCCUUGUCUCAGGUGGAAAGCUCGCUCACAAGCAGUGUUAACUGUUCUCAAGAAUCUUGGGGCUGACUUUCUCUGCCUUCAGGAAGUUGAUGAGUAUGAGAGUUUUUACAAAGUUAAUAUGGAGAGAAAUGGUUAUUCUAGUAUUUAUAUUCAGAGAAGUGGUCAGAAGCGCGAUGGAUGCGGGAUUUUUUUCAAGAAUGACCGUGCAGAGUUAAUUUUACAGGAGAAUAUAGACUACAAUGAUCUAGUAAAAUCAAUUCAAAAUGAAAACUUAUUGAUCAAUAAUGAACAAAAUGGAGAGAAAGCUACUGAAAAUGAAGAUGCCGAAGUAAAAGGUGAUUCUACACUAAAAGGUACUUCUCAGGAUCGGGGGGAUCCAAAUGAUCCUCGCGUGAGGCUAAAACGUGAUUGUGUUGGUAUUAUGGCUGCAUUCAGACUUAAGCAUUCUCAUAAUCCUAUCGUUAUAGUGGCAAACACACAUAUUUAUUGGGAUCCAGCAUGGGCUGACGUCAAGCUUGCGCAAGCUAAAUAUCUUGUAUCCCGCUUAGCUCAAUUUAAAGCACUGGUAUCCAAAAAAUUUAACUGUGCAUCUUCACUGUUUUUGGCUGGUGAUUUCAAUUCAAUCCCAGGGGAUAAGGUUUACCAAUACCUUAGUUCGUGCAACGAAUCCUCGUCCUCAGAGACGAUGCAGGAAGAUCAUGAAAAUGGUCCUAUACGUUUAUGUAGCGUCUACAAUAUAACGAAGGGGGAGCCAAAGUUCACUAACUGUACACCUGACUUUACGAAUACAUUGGAUUACAUAUUCUUUUGUCCUUCUGACAGCAUAAAACCAGUGAGUUUGCUUGAGCUUCCAGAAUCAGAAGAUUCUUGUGAUGUUGUUGGGGGACUUCCAAACUCAAGUCAUCCAAGUGAUCAUUUACCAAUAGGUGCUGAGUUUGAAAUCUCAACUCAGGUAUAGUUUUGUUUGAUAGAGCAAUUGCCAUUCGCAUUAAGAUUGAUACCAUAGGUGAUUCAAUACUUCAUAAAAGAAAUAUUGUUGUUUUAGUGUCUUAUUUUUUGUUUGGAAAUUUCGCUUGUUUUGUAACAAUAAGCAAUCCCUCUUACUGGGAGGCUGAUUCUCAUUCUUCAAAAUUGGACAGUUAAUUGAAUUAAUUUAUAAUUAUUUAUUU